CAAGAGGCUCCAGGAGCAUAUAAGGGGAGGGGAAAGAGAUCCAGGCACAAGAUCACCAAGGUGAAUUCUCCCAGCCAGACUUUCAGAUGUUCCAGCUGGAGGCCAUGCUGCCCUUACUGAUUCUUGCCUUCUUGGGGAUCCCCGGCGUUUUGACACAAAGUAGAUAUCAUGGCUCAGAAACUGGAAAGCAUUUCUGUAUUGUUGCACCCGAAGGAGAAAAUAUAACAGGAAUUUGGGCAAGUUUGAAGAAUAACUACAUUAGUAGCCUUCGGCUUAGAUUGGGCAACAACUGGAGUCAAGAAUAUGGCUCUUCUGGAAAGGCUGAGAUCGAAGUCAAGCUGAACCCUGAAGAGACUGUCCUUGGGUUCUCCGGAACAUACUAUUCCUUUAUGCGUCAAAUAAUCAUUAUUACUAGCCAGCCUCGGGAGUUAAUAAUAGGACCUUUGAGGGGUCAAUAUGAGUACUCUAGCUACCCUGAAAAUCCCAGCCAUGUGUUCAGGGGCAUUUGUGGCUAUUAUGUGACAGGUGGGUUAAAGGGCAUCAGGUUUUUGUGGGGAAGUGUAAACGGCACAUGUACAGAGUAAGCUAUAUGGCCACUCAAACUGAAGUGUCAGGUACUUCCAAACUGAAUCCACUAAUAAAUACAACAUCUGCAUGAA